AUGAAUCCUCAUUUAGCGGAAGUGCAGCGACUUUUGGUGCCGGAAUCGCCGAAUUUGUCUUCGCCUAGCGUCGAGUUCAUUCCACAGCUUUACUACGCUAUUCACCAGUUAAAAAAGGACCCCAAUAGCAGCACAGCAUCUCUAGAAACUGCAACAUCGUCAAUCCGCCAUCGAUUGAAGCAAUGCAAGGCUCAUUUGGCACAAAACAAUGAGUGUCGAGAGUUGCUCAGUAGCACGCCUGCGGAAUGGGACGUUAAGCUAGCACAACGUCAAAAGGACUUGGACGCAAAACGAGAACUAUGCCGACAACUGGCACUUCAAGUGGAGCGCCUUUAA